AUGCCACCACGGCGCUCGACGCGCUCCAGCGCCAGUGCUGCCCCUCCUCCUCCUCCCUCCACCACUUCUACAUCAUCAUCGACAUCUAACCGCCGCACUGCCCGAACUACGCGUUCCAGCAUCGCACCUGAAUCCGAAGAGGAGCGUAAGCCGGCGCCAAGGAGAGCUGCAGCGCCUAAGCCGGCGCCCCAGGCUUCCCGCGCUCCUGCUUCGCGAAGGACUACGCGGAAGGAGCCUACGACGCCACCCGAGAGCGAGAGCGACGAGAGUGAGGAGAGCGAGGAGGACGACGAUGAAGACGAGGAUGAUGACGCCGGCGAAGAUGAUGAGGAGAGUGAUGAAGAUGACGGCGAGGAAGGAUCGGUAAAGCUCAAGCAAGCUAAGCGCGUGAUUGCGCCUACGCCUCGGAGCAGCACGCGGAGCACGGCUACGCCUGCUCCCAAGCUCCACGACGAGUCUGAUGCGGAGCCCACGCCCAAGGAGGCGUCCAAGCGCGGCGUACGCAAGCCCUCAGUUCCGCUUGCACCCGCGCGUCUCGAGGAGUCCGCGCCGACGGCUCGGCCCAAUGCCAAACCUCCGACGCGGAAGGGAAGGCGUGUCGUGUCUGACUCUGAUGAGUCGGAUGGAGAGACGCCACGCCCGACUGCGCCCGUCGAGACUGAGACCGAUGUUAAGCCCCGCCUGCCCACCAAGUCCAGCACCAUGUCGGACGAAGAAGACUUUGCCACUGCUGUUGGAUCGCGCCAUUCGCCUGCCAAAGACGAGCCGUCAACCCCGAAGGCACAGGUACGCACGCUCAAUGCAGCGUCGCCAGAGUCGUCGCCAGACAUCCCCGCCAGCGUGCUCCCGCCCAAGACGCCCGGCCGCACUGUUCCUCCGCGCGUGAGCGUGAUGCCUACUCCAGCAGCUGCUCCGCCGGCCGGUCCCAAGCCGCGCUUGACUAUCCACAAGCUCGUGCUCAACAACUUCAAGUCUUACGGCGGUCGCCAAGAGAUUGGCCCCUUCCACAAAUCCUUCUCAGCUAUCGUUGGACCCAACGGUUCGGGGAAGAGCAACACCAUCGACGCGCUGUUGUUUGUCUUUGGUUUCCGUGCAACCAAGAUGCGUCAGGGCAAGCUGAGUGAGCUCAUCCACAACUCAGCGGGGCACGAGAACAUCACGGCUUGCUCCGUCGAGGUACACUUCCGCGAGAUUGUGGAUCUGCCUGGCGUCGACGACUUCCUCCUCGUGCCCAAGACAGACAUUAUUGUCACUCGCACUGCCUUCAAGGAUAACAGCUCCAAAUAUACGAUCAACGGCGUCAACAAGCGCCGCGAAGAGGUAGUCACACUCCUCAAGAGCAAGGGCAUCGACCUCGACCACAACCGCUUCCUCAUCUUGCAGGGUGAGGUUGAGUCAAUCGCUCUCAUGAAGCCCAAGGCCCAGAACGAGCACGAGGACGGUUUGCUCGAGUACCUUGAGGACAUCAUCGGCACGACAAAGUACAAGCAGCCGAUCGAGGACGCGUCCGAGCAGGUUGAAGGUCUCAAUGAGGAGCGGAGCGAGAAGAUGAACCGUCUUCGCGUUGUCGAGCGAGAGAAGGCAUCCCUUGAGGACAAGAAGCGCGAGGCCGAAGACUACCUCCGCGACACCAACGAGCUUACGCGCAAGAAGUCUCUUCUGUGGCAGUACCACAUGUACACGCUGCAGAACAACAUUGAGAUCACAACCAAGGCGAUCGACGGCCUCAACGCCCAGCUCACAGGAGAACAGGAGCGGAAUGGUGAUCUUCUCGCUCAGAUCGAGCACCUCCAGCAGGAGUACAACGACAAGGCGGCCAGCUGGGAGACAGUGAAGAAGGCGUGCGACGCACUUAUUAAAGACGCCAAGAAGCUCGAAAAGGAGGAGGUGGGCUUCCAGGAAAAGCGCAAGCAUCUCGUCUCCAAGCAGAAGAAGCUAAAGAAGUCGAUCUCCGAUGACGGGCAUGCCAAGUCUGAGGCGAUGGCGACAAUCCAGAACUGCAGCGGCGCUAUUGAGACCAACCGCACCAAGGUUAUUGAGUUGGAGCGCAAGCUUGAGGCCGAGGAGAAGGAGCUGGAAGAGGUCCGCGACAGUCUGAAGGACAAGACCGACCAGUUCACCACUAAAAUCGAAGCCAAGCAGCGCGAGCUCGAGCCGUGGACUGCCAAGAUCAGUGAGAAGCAGUCAGCCAUCGACGUCGCGCAAUCUGAGCGAGACUUGCUCGCACAGAAGGCCACCUCCGCCCAGACCGCCCUAGAAGAGGCGGAGCAGAACAUUCAGGCUAUCAAGGAGGGCGACCAGGCUAAACGCGGCGAAUACAAGCGUCUCAAGAAGGAGGCUGUCGCAGCCAAGCAAGAGCUCGCCGACGCUGAGGCCAAGUUGCAGGGCAUGGGCGCGCAGCUUGACGAUUUGCGCAGCAAACUCUCGGCAGCCACACACAAGGCCGACGAGGCUCGCGCCUCGCUUGCUGCGGAUAAAUCGGAAAAUGCCGUUCUGUCAAGUCUCAACAAGCUCAAGGCGCAGGGACGCAUCAAAGGCUUCCAUGGCCGCCUAGGCGAUCUCGGCGUCAUUGACGACAAGUACGACGUUGCGGUGACCACAGCCUGCGGCGCCCUCAAUAACCUCGUGGUUGACACAGUCGAGCAAGGCCAGGCAUGCAUUGAGCACCUGCGCAAGAACAAUAUUGGACGCGCUUCGAUCCUCAUCCUCGAGAAGCUCCCUCCUCGCGAUCUCACUCCGAUUCAGACUCCCGAGAACGUACCUCGCCUUUUCGACCUCAUCAAGCCAAAGGACCCGCGCUUCGCGCCUGCCUUCUACAAGGGUCUCACGAAUACCCUCGUUGCGCAGGACCUUGCACAAGCCCAGCGCAUCGGCUAUGGUGCCAAGCGUUGGCGCGUUGUCACACUUGCAGGCCAGCUUAUCGACCCUUCCGGAACAAUGUCAGGCGGUGGCAACCGCGUCGCGCGCGGUGGCAUGAGCUCCAAGUUCAAGGCUGACAAGGUGGCGCCCGAGGUUGUCGCGCAAUACGAGAGCGAGCGAGCUACCUUGCAGCAGGAGCUUAACGCGUUCCAGAACGAUCGACGAGCCGUAGAGCAGGAGGUUCAGCAGCUGCGCAAGCGCAUUCCUGACAUCGAGAUGGAAAUGGAGAAGGUCGAGCUCGACAUUCAUACUUGCUCAAAGCGCCUCGCCGAGGCUGAGAAGCGCCUCUCGGAAGUCGCGUCGCAAAACAAGCCGGACGCUGCCGACGAGAAGCGAAUCAAGCAGCUCGAUGCCGAGAUCGCCGCGCUUACCAAGGACGCCGAUAAGCUGCGCGAGAAGUCGUCAGGGAUCAACAACGAGAUCAAAGAGCUGCAGAACAAGAUUCUCGAGGUGGGCGGUGUCAAGCUUCGCGCUAUCCAGUCCAAGUUCAUGACCACUAAAGGCUUGCUGGACCUGGCAAACGACGCAAUCACUAAGGCUGAGGUCGGACAGGCCAAGGCACAGCACGACGUUGAGAAGCUUCAGCGUGCGAUCGCGGCAAAUACCACCAAGAUCGAGGAAGUUGAUGCUGAGCUUACGAGCGUCGAGGACGACCUCAAAGCCAUCACUGACGAUCUCGCGACCCUCCACCAGUCCGUGGAAGCGGCACAGGACAGCAGUGUCGACGUUAAGGAGCAGCUGGCCGAGUCCAAGGCCAAGCUCGACGAGGCCUCCACCGAGAUCAAUGCAUUCAGGAAGAUCGAGAUGGACCUGAAGCAGAAGAUUGACGACAAUAUGCGGGCGCAGAAGGACUCGAAGGACAAAUACAAGCACUGGCACAAGCGGCACGAAGAGCUCGAGCUGGCGUACAUCGACGAGGAGGACGAGGAAGACGAGGAUGAAGAUAGGGAGGGCGACAAUGAGGGCAAGGAGAAGGCUCAGGAAGACGAGCAGGAGGAGGCUGAGGAUGGCGAAGGCGAGGGUGACGCGCCCCGUUCCAAGAAGUCUAAGCGACGCAACGAAACCUUGGACCUCGUCGAGUACAGCCCCGAUGAGCUGCGUGCUGUGAAUAAGGAUGUUCUCAACGGCGAGAUUUCCGUUCUCGAGGAGGAGAUUGCCAAGGCUAAACCUAACCUCAACGUCCUGCACGAAUACCGCCGGCGCGAGGCUGAGUUCCUCGACCGUGCGCGUGACAUGGAGACGGUCACUUCGCAGCGGGACGCCGCCAAGCAGCGCUAUGACGAUUUGCGCAAGGUGCGCCUCGAGGAGUUCAUGGCCGGCUUCUCGGCCAUCAGCGCCAAGCUGAAGGAGAUGUACCAGAUGAUCACGAUGGGCGGCAACGCCGAGAUCGAGUUGGUCGACACGAUGGACCCGUUCUCUGAAGGUGUCGUGCUGUCCAUCAUGCCUCCGAAGAAGAGCUGGCGACCUAUCGCCAACCUCUCCGGCGGCGAGAAGACGCUCGCCUCACUCGCACUCGUCUUUGCGCUGCACGUCUUCAAGCCGACCCCGCUGUACUUUAUGGACGAGAUUGACGCCGCACUCGACUUCAAGAACGUGUCUAUUGUGGCCAACUACAUCCAGUCGAAGACGCAGGCUGCGCAGUUCAUCGUCAUCUCGCUGCGUAAUGACAUGUUCGAGCUCGCGCACCGCCUUGUGGGCAUCUACAAGACGAACAACGUGAGUUCUUAGGACGACUGGAGCUGACGGCAGUGCACAAAGAGUAUCGCCAUCGACAACAAGGACUUGCGGAC